AUGACUCGUCUAGGCCUCGCUCUCUCAGCUCCAUCCCUCAUCCUCACACAGUCAGUCACCACCUACUCAUUCACCGCAAAUGGCACUCCAACCUCCCUCGUCUUUACGAUACCCACCGUUCAGACAACGACUGUCACAUACACUCAAGCAGCCUACACAAUGACCCUCACACCAGCACCUAUGAUUGAAACACAUACCUUCACCAUCACAGCACCUGCACCCGAAAUCGCAUCGAUAGAAGGCGCAAUACCUCAGUCCGUUCAAGUGGUAGCGCCAUCUGUUGCGCCAGGCUCCGUGGUCCCAGUGGUGAUACAUGGCUAUACUGCAUCAGUGCAGAUACCCGCAAGCGCAUCGAUCCCAGAGGGCACAUACACACCUUCGCCAGUCCAUAUCGUUGCCGCAACACCGGCCGCAAUGUCAACUGCAGGAGCUGAUGCUCCCCAAGCUGCCGCCAACGCUCAGUCGGCAGCGUCAGAAGAGGGCGCCGUGGCUUCGAAUGUUGCCGGAGACACCAAUACACUUGCUACAGGUGCUGACCCUGCCGCUACCGCCGCCGUCACCGUAGCUUCGAACGCUGUCGCAGACGUCAGCACCGCCGUUACUGGGAUCCCAACACACGUUCCCAUCCCCAUCGUACCCCUCGUUCACGCCUCUGCCGCUGUCCAGAGCGCCGAUGCGUCAGCCUCAGAGGCGGCCUCUAAUGCCGGUACUGGCGCAUCUUCUGCCGCCAACGGCGCUGCCUCGGCGGCUACUGAAGGGUUUGCGUCCACGGUUUCUGUACCAAAGGUAAUUGUGGCGGACACGACAUCUUUGCUCACGCCUACUCCUAUUACCGCGAGUGUCACCUCUACAUCAGAAGGUAUGGUGACCUCGACGACCUCAACUACUGAUACCACUUCGACUACUUCGAGCUCAGUAGCCGCCCCCUCCAGCUCUUCUGCUCCAGCAUCUUCGAGCUCGUCAUCAACUGCCCCGGCGCCAAGCACGAGUAGUACCGCGGCGCCGAAAUCGGGUGCUAUGGGAAGGAAGGUUGCUGGAAGGUUGCUGGGUGCUGUAGCCGGGUCUGUCGUAUUGUUGCUCUUUAUUUGA